AUGCCUUUGAUUCCGGAUUGCGGGAGCGAAAUUUUAUUCCCCUUUCUGCUCGUUAUUUUCACACUUUUGGGAUUAUUGCCUUAUACCGUUAUUCUAAUAGCUUCAAAGUCAAGUCACAGCCGUUUGAUUUCGUGCUUGUAUUUGAGCAAAUCGGGUCUCGUUUGCAUUUCUUUACUUCUUAACGCCGUUUGGAUCCUGUACGUCGUAUUGGAAAUGCGAGAAUUCGGUUUAUAUUCGUUUGUUCGACCUGCAUUAAUAUCACUUUCUCUCGUAUCAUUUAUCAUUGUUAUACAUUAUGAACGCAAACGAAAUACACCAAACUCUGGUGCACCAUGGGAAUUAGAUUGUAGUUAUUUACCAAAUAAUUGGCCUGAAGGUAUCAUUGAAUUUAUUAAUUAUGGUACGAAAUAUCGACCUGAAUUAAAUUUAGCUUUAAAAUCAAUUAAUUUUAAAGUAGAUAAAGGAGAAAAAUUGGGUAUUGUUGGUCGUACUGGUUCGGGUAAAUCUUCUCUAGUACUUGGAUUAUUCCGUAUGCUUGAAGCAGCUGAAGGUAAAAUACUCAUUGAUGGUUUUGAUAUAUCAAAAAUUGGCUUACAUGAUUUGAGAAAUCGUUUAACAUUAAUACCUCAAGAUCCUAUCCUUUUCUCUGGUACAUUACGUUUUAAUUUGGAUCCAUUCAAUCAUUAUACAGAUGAAGCUAUUUGGCAUGCACUUGAAUUAGCUAAUUUAAAAUCAUUUAUAAAAGAUGCUAAUAAUAAUAAUGAUGCUAAUUAUGGUUUGGAUAUGAACAUUUCAGAAGGUGGUUCUAAUAUAAGUCUUGGUCAACGACAAUUAGUAUGUCUUGCAAGAGCUUUACUUCGGCAUACUUCAAUUCUUGUAUUAGAUGAAGCUACAGCUGCUAUAGAUAUGCAAACGGAUCAUUUAAUCCAAGAAACUAUUCGUCGAGAAUUUUCUUCUUGUACUGUAAUUACUAUUGCUCAUCGAUUAAAUACAGUUUUAGAUUAUGAUCGCAUUCUUGUCCUCGAAGACGGUCAAAUGAAAGAACUAGAUAGUCCAAAAAUGUUAUUACAAAAUAAAAAUUCAGCAUUUUAUUCUUUAGCUAAAGAUGCACAUCUUGUCGAGUGA